AUGCAGAGUGACAGCAGAUUAACACACCGCCUCCACGAAGGGUGCCAGCUGGAGCCUGACCUUGAGGAGGCUUUGGUUCCACGAAGCAGUCCAGUGAGUCCCUUUGGAGAGCUGGCUGUACUCUACGCUACUCCCUCCCUGCUGCCUGGAGCCUACCCUGCCCAGGAGGAGGCUGAACGGCUAGAGAGAAGGAGUCUUCCACAGGGUCCUGUUCCAGUGGCAUGGAGGAAUUGA